ACAAUAUUUUAGGGUUCUUGGGCAUUUUGACUCCAUGUCGCAUUUCUCGAUCCAGCAGGGCGAAAUUCCUUCUUGUUCUUGCCAUAGCAGCGGGGAGCUUACAAACAACACGAAAUCACAGCGAUUGGAGGGAAGAACGAGCGCAAGCUCGAAAUUUUGCGCCUUGCUCGCGGCGCUCGAUGGCUCUAUCAGCUCCAAAAGCCUUUGGAUGGCGAGAGAAGCCCACCUUGCCGCCAUCCAGAGUGGAAUGGACGCAAACGUCUACAUUGCCAGCAAGAUCGUCCACGCCUACGCGAGGUGUGGAGGCCUGGUGGAUGCUCGCAGAGCCCUGGAUAAAAUUCGCGCUCCCAACGUCGUCUCCUGGACCGCCCUGAUGCUCGGGUACGUAGAUUCCAAGCAAGAAAUCCAAGUCUUUGAGCUCUUCCAUCGAAUGCUCGCAGGUGGCUGUGCUCCAAACGCUCGGACUUUCGUGGCGCUGCUCAAGGCCUGCGCUGGUCUGGCGGCUAGAGAAGAGAGAUGGAGCAAGGAUGGAGGAAGAAACUCGGUGGUGAAGUUGAGGAGCUUGGAGAAAGGAAUGGCUUUCCACCGCCAAGCUCGAGUGGAAAGCUUCGACUCCGACUUGUUCGUGGCAAACGCGCUGGUGGACAUGUACUCGAGGUGUGGAAGCAUCGACGACGCUUACAGGGUCUUCUCGAGAAUGCGAUGCCGAGACGUGGUGUCCUGGAACACGAUCAUUCUCGGCUUCGCGGAGAACCGGAUGGAAGAAUCGGCUUUGGUGGCUUUCUCUCGGAUCGAAGAAGCCUGUGAACCAAACGGCCGGACUUUCAGUGCUGCUCUCAAAGCUUGCGUCGGUCUGGCAUCGAGAGAAGAUGGCGAGCUCGCCGCUGGAAAGAUCGUCAAAGUGAGGAGCCUGGAGGUGGUCAUGGCGAUUCACUCUCGAGCAGCAACGGCCGGGUUUUUCAGCUCGGAUGGCAUCCUCCACAACGGCCUGGUGGAUUCGUACGCAGCGUGUGGAAGCCUGGACGAUGCUCGCCGGGUUUUCGAGACUUCUCGCCGCGACGUGGUCUCGUGGAACUCGAUCAUACUCGGGUGUGUAGAAACCGGUGAGCCCGGCAUGGCACUGGAGCUCUUCUCCAGGAUGAAACACGAGCAGCAAGUCGAGCCGGAUGUUUUCACUCUCGUCGCAGCUCUCAAGGCCUGUGGCUCCUGCGUUCCAUCGACGGAAGUUUGCAAGCUUCUCCAUGCUCACGUCGCGAGGUCCGGCUUCGAGGCCAACACCGUCGUAGCAAACAGCCUCGUCGACGUCUACGGCAAGUGUGGAAGCUUGCAAAACGCCCAGCUCGUCUUCGACUCGGCCAUGGAGACGAGAGAUCCGGUAACUUGGAACUCUUUGAUGGCGGGAUUCAGCAGGAGAGGUGACGCUCGCACGGUGGUGGGAUUGUUCCACAGGAUGAUCGACGAGGGGCUAGCAGCGAACGCCAUAACUUUCGUGCACAUCCUCUCGGCUUGCAGCCACGCCGGUGAUGUAAGACUGUGCUCGAAGUUCUUGGAGAUCAUGAGCUCCAAGUUUGGAGUUUCGCCGAGCUCGCAGCACUACAAUUGCCUGGUUGACGGCCUGGGACGGAGUAACGAGAUGGAUCUCGCCGUGGCGACGGUGUCCAAAGCAAUGGUAGAUCAUAGUUGCGAUGGAGUCACUCCGGUGGCGUGGAAGACCGUGCUGGGUGCUUGUCACAAGUGGGAAAAUGUGGCUCUCGGAAAGAUGGCCUUUGAGAAUUUGGCUGUGGUGAAUGAUGAUGCGGCAGCUUACGCACUGGCUUGAUGAUCAUCGAUGAUCUCUCGCAGCAAAAUCUAUGCCUCCCCCAAAUGCCCAUUCUGGGCAAAUGCUGACAACAACAGUCGAGCUCGCAAAAUGUAUAGAUCCAUGAAUUCGUUUUCUUGCUUCCUUGGCUGUCAAUCUGUAAAGAUUCCAAAGACAACCCAUGUGGUCGGAGAACGAUCUUAAUCACUCCCGCGAAAUAAAAUACACAAUCUAGGUAGACCAGCAAUGGCUCAACUCUUACUAGCAUUGCUCUUGGCGAUUUCCAGUGCCUCGCUUCGACAUGACAAGCCCGGGAUCUCUAGCUGCCGCUGCCACAGCAAUCCAAAUUGCUGGCCCCACGAUCGCGACUGGAAGAUCUUCAAGGCCAGGCCGCCUCAUCACGAUCCCCACUACAACCAUCGUCUCUGCGAGCUCGUCACCGAGAAAUUGGCGCGAUCCCGGCUCGCGAGCAAGGGUCAGUGCCGGUCUACGCGGUCAAUGUUAGUCAAGUCUCCCAGGUGGAGGCUUUCGCUGGCACCGUGAAGAACACUGGCCACGACUACAGUGGAAGGAGCACUGCGAGGGGAGCGCUCAGCAUUUGGAUGCAUCACUUGCAAGAGGUGCGCUCUCACGGUGGUCUUGGCUGUGAUCGAGGGCGAGAUCCAGCGGCGCAUGUGGCGAUCGGACUUGGAACCGCUCUACGAGGCGGCGAUGGAGCACAGGCGCGAGAUUGUGGGCGCUUGCUCGCUCCAGCGUUUCCGACAAUGUUGUGGAGCUCCAAGUCGUGACGGCUGAUGGGAAGCGAAAGGUGGCGAACAAGUGCCAGAACGAGGAUCUCUUUUGGGCUCUCAGAGGUGGCGGCGGAGAGUCGUGGUUUCACUCACUUACAGUUUCGAGAACACAAUCUUUUCAAGCGUGACUUGACUGCCGAAGAUCGCCCAAGCUUUGAGACGCUCGUCGAGGAGUUUGCGCGGGUGCAUUCGGAGCUUUCACCUCAUGGCUGGUCUGGUUUUUUCGAUAUCAGAAACUUCUCCCCCCUUGA